AUGUAUUUUCUGAUCCUGUUAUUUAUUAUUAUUAUUACUAUUUAUUAUUUUUUUUCUUUUGGUUUUUGCCACAACAGGUAUAUUACCAUGCCCGCAACUAUUGUGUCCGGCGUCGCACCGUAUUUUGCCUUUAUGCUAAAAGAUAUCGGUGCAAGGCUUGCCAUCAUGUCGCAUUAUUUGAAGACAAAGCGUCAUAUGUACCCCGUAACGCGCCAUCAAAAUGUACGUGCCUACCGCGGCAUGCUGCCGUGGACACAAGACAGUGCUUUCAUUGCCCCAACGGCUUUUGUGAGUGGUAAUGUUUCGCUUGGCCAUGACACCUGCAUAUUUUAUCACACUGUAAUCCGAAACUACAACAUUCGUGAUGAAACGGCAAUUGGUGAUCACACCGUUGUAAUGGACCGUGUCUCGUUUCUUGGUCAAGUUCGCGUAGGUGGUGGCGUUUAUAUUGGUCCCGGCAGCACGUUGGAUUGCUGCACCGUUGGCGACAACGCGUAUAUUGGUGCUGGUGCUUCCAUUGCAUUGGGUGCAGUGGUUGAAAAUAAUGCCAUCAUCGCCGCGGGUUCUCAUGUACCAAAGGAUACACAUGUAUAUGCCUAUGAGUUGUGGGCAGGCAACCCGGCACAGAAGGUAGAGGAAGUGAGUCCAGAUCAGGUUGCGGAGGUAGCGAGCAUCGUACACGAUCAAAUAGCGGUAGGGAAAGCUCACGCACAUGCUAUUCAUGAGCAUAUGCAUCACACGGCAGAACUAGACGCGGAAUGGCUCCAUCACGCGCUGGAAGCAAUGGAGAAGCAACAGCAGCAAAUCGCACUCAAGUUGCCAGUUGACAUCCCACUGGAGGCGAAGAGGUUUCUCACUCCACGUGUUCAUAUGCGUCGACCUGAGAUGCACAUGCGCAUGUCUUAUCCGGUUAAUCGCAUUGCUCCAUGGAUGCCGAAAGUUGCUGAUCAAACUGCUAAUGCUUAA